CCAAACAAAGAGGCAGGGAGGGGUGUGCAUGCUCUGAACACGCGGCUCAGUGCAUCAUGAUGCAAACGGCGGAGGAGAAAGACGAAAGAGGAGGCGAGGGGAAGGAGGAGCGAGCAGGCAAGCAGACUGACUGAGCCUCGAUGCUCUCAGUCGCUCUUCUAUGCUUGACAAAGCAGCUUCUCUUUCUACCCUCUCUUUGUCAGCGACACAGAACUUAAAGCUUUCUAGCCUGAAUUUAAAAGAGGCAAUCUAGAGGCACAGGAGCCUCUCCUGCUGUCACACCAUGCUACCCUGGAGGAGGAAUAAGUUUGUUCUGGUGGAGGAUGAGAACAAAAUGAAAGCAAAGAGUCUGGGCACUGGACUGACCUAUCACGCCAUCCUCUCCUCUUUGAUGCGCUCCUGUCCUGACCUGCUGCCUGACUGUCCCUUCGAUUGGGUGGGAAGCAUCUUUCAUACCAAACGACAAAAGGUGGAACUAAACAGAGAGGAGCCUGUUUACAAUGUGCGCUACCUAGGAAGUGUGGUCACCAUCACAGCAAAGGGGGAAGGAUGCACCCAGGAAGCUGUGGCCAAGAUCUGGGCAAAAAGCAACUACGGGGAGCAGAACGUCAAAAUGAGGUUGACUGUGGGACCGCAAGGCAUCCGCAUGAGUGCUGACAAAUCUGGGAAUAAAAGUCCCAUUCAUCUUUACUCUCUGAGCAGGAUCACCUACUGUACAGCGGACCCGUGUCGGCCCAAGAUCCUGGCCUGGAUCUACAGGCACCAGAUUAAGAAUAUGGCUAUCGUCCUUCGUUGCCACGCCGUCUUAGUGAACAAGCCAGAGAAAGCCCAAGCCAUCACGCAGAGCUUCUAUCUGCAUGUCACCUCUGCAUUCAGUGAGUUUAAACGUCUGAAGCGGCAGAGUGACUUCCGGCACUGUCAGCAGCAGCUGUUGGGGGAGGAGGCGGUUCCCCUGAUGCCCCUGAGGAGGCUUCUGAAUGGGCAGUGCCACUACAGGUCACCCGCCAACACCCCUGGGAGCGCUACCCGUCUCUGCUCCAUCACGGAGGAAGAGGAAGAUGACGACAACAGCGACAAUGAGAAGGCAGGAGUGGAGCAACCCUCGGAGAUGGUGCCCAAAAGGAAGCAAAAGGUUUUAACGACAAACACAGACCCGACUCAGUUACUGUCCCAGUUGGACCUUGGGGAUAUUGCUCGACUGGAGCAGUGCCAAAUCAACUUUGUCAGUGAGAGCAAUAACCACACGUUCACAUUUAUAACCUCGCUGGUGUAACUGUGAACAAAAAACAAAUGGGACUUUUUUUUUUUCUCAGCCCUUCACCUAAUACCCUAUCCUUUCACCUCUUUGAAAUUGAUUCACCAGCGUCUGUUGGCUGGCUGGUCUUCUGCGGCGGCACUUUGUGUUCUGGCCAGAUGGCUAUGACGCUGGUGCACCAGAUUGACUGUAGCGAGUCGGGAAUGUUUACAAGGAGAGUUGCUGAUGCACACCCUCAUGAGCACAAUGGCGAACGUUGCUUUUAGACACCAUAAGUUGACGUAUGGUCGUGCUUUAAUGACUAAACAGUCCUUUAUCUUUGCUUUUUUAAAGCAGUGCGUUUGUAUGUUUGUGGAGUAUUUCUAAUGUAACAAUCCUCACUGGUGUUCAUAUUGCAGAAAUUUAUUACCGAUUUAUUAAUGAGGGAGGUGAUGGAUUAGGAUGCAAGCCAUUAAUGGGACGUUUUAAUUACUGCCAUUUGUUAUCGUCCUUUAUGCAUGACGUGUCAAUUGUAACCUUUCGCGUUGAGCUUUUGUCUUUAAUCAUGUGACACCUUCAACGAGAACACUGUGAUAAAUGUGUGAGCAGGGAUAAAAACAUACAAAAAAGUCUAAUUUAUGUUGUGCAUUUUGACACCAAUCUCUGUCAUGAUUGUGCUGUCACAAGUUUAUUUACUUCCCUCUUGAUUAAUUCCUUAAAGAUUGAUAGCAUUGUGCUGUAUGAAAUAAAGCUUUUAGAAUAUUUAUUUUCAAAACAUGAUGAAUAAAAACGUCUGUCAAAUGCAA